AUGCAUUGGCUGGUACAGUAUUCCAUCAGAUGCUCAUCUGAUGCCGAUACCACUCCACCGUCACCUGCCUCCCAGUCAUUCGUUGCUCCCGCAGGAUAUCCAACCAACGUAUUCUCCUCCUACUACCCGGCACCCUCCGGACAGCAGCCGCAGCCGGCCAUAUUUGAUCCCAUCCUCAACAUCACCUGCCCAGCCAAUCUCACCAAUCCAGACACAAUUCCCGACGACGACCUGGAUCCAGUGUACUAUCCAAAGCCAAUCGCAAAUCUCUCCAAGGCAGAUCGAGAACGCGUCAUCUCCAAAGCCAUCGCUCACGUCAAGUUGAUCAUCGCAAAUUCAUCCAUCGCCAGCAACUGCACAAAAUGUAUCCAAGCUCUGGAAGUGGGCAAGCGAGCCGCGCAGCUUGCACCCUCGCUCGUGCCUCCUGCCAUGCUUUCUCUUUGCAACGAUACCAAGUUCCACUCCUCUGGUACUUGCAUUGAGGACUUUGAAGCAACUACGUUCGGUGCUAUCUGGACGCAGGUCUUGGCUUUUGCAAAUGUCAGCGGCAUAGAUGGUCACUACAUCUGCAAUUCCAUCGCAUCUUUCUGCCCACCUCCCGCGCCGAUUGCUUUAAAUGGCACGAAUUUAUUCCCUAAGCCGAAGCCAAAGCAUCCCUCGCCGCCAAAGCCCAGCGGCAAACGGGUCAAAGUCCUACACAUGUCAGACUUCCACCUCGAUCCACGCUAUAAAGUUGGUUCCGAGGGCAAUUGCACCUCCGGUCUGUGCUGCCGCAGCAAUGCGAAAAAUUCCAAUGAACCAGCGGGACAGCUGAGUUUCCCAGCUCCCCUGUAUGGCUACUUUGAGUGUGACACUCCAUAUGAUCUGGGUCUGGCGGCGCUUCAGGCAGUCGGACCUUUGACUGGCACUUCCAAGCAGAAUCCAUUAGCUUGGACCAUCUACACUGGUGAUCUAGUUUCGCACGACCCCCAGACUGAGCUCAGCAGGGCCUACACUGAGUAUGCUGAGACCUCCAUCUACGACUAUAUGUUCCGUCAUUACCUUACAGGGCCGGUAUUCCCUGUGCUUGGUAACCACGACACCAAUCCUGAAGCGAUCGAUGCACCUCACUCAUUACCAGGCCCGCUCGGUCAACAGAUGAGCUGGAACUUCGACCAUGUAUCCGCCCUGUGGCAGCAUGAAGGCUGGCUUAGCAAGGAAGCUGCUCAUCAAGCAAGACUUCACUAUGGAGCGUACAGCAUCAAGAAUCACUACGGCUUGAGAAUGAUAACGUUCAAUUCCGACUUCUGGUACAAGAGCAAUUUUCUGAACUUCAUCAACACCAGCAAUCCAGAUGUGAGUGGAAUGUUCAAAUGGGUCAUCAAAGAAUUGCAAGCAGCAGAAGAUGCUGGUGAACGGGUUUGGCUUUUUGCACACGUCUUGUCAGGCUGGGAUGGCACAAAUCCCCUCCCGAACCCGACAAACUUGUUCUACGAGAUCGUGCAGCGCUACUCGCCGCACGUCAUCGCCAACAUCUUCUUCGGUCAUACUCACGAGGACCAAUUCAUGAUCUACUAUGCUAACAAUGCCACCCACCGAUCUCGUGACACAGCACUCAAUGUCGGUUGGAUAGGACCAUCCGUCACACCCCUGACGAACUUGAACAGCGGUUUUCGAAUGUAUGAAGUUGAUACUGGCUCCUUUGAUGUCUAUGAAGCAUAUACUUGGUACGCUGAUGUGAGCUCAUUCUCGAAUCUCACAACACAUGGCCCCACAUUUCAAUUCGAGUAUUCGACGAGAGAGACGUAUGGUCCAUCAGCGAAGUGGCCAGCAGAUGCACCCUUGAACGCAACUUUCUGGCAUGCUGUCACAGAGGCCAUGGAGAAGGAUCACAGUCUUGUCUCCAAGUUCAAUACUCUGCAAGGCAAGAGUAGUAUUAAGAGUCCGAAUUGCACCACCAGUGCAUGUGCAGAGGCGAAAAUCUGUUACAUGAGAAGUGGGAGUGUUCCGCUUAGCAGGCAAUGUCCACAAGGCUAUGGCAGCGUGCAGAGUGCCUUCAAGCCGACAUCAUGA